UUUCUCUAAAGACCUGCUGAAAUAUGUUUUAGCUGACAGCGGAAAAUAAUAAAAAAAAAGACAUCAAGAUUUUGAUCUGUCACCAACUUUGCAAGAUUAUUAUAAACAACAAGUUUUUUCCCUUCUUGUCGCUUACAUGUCCGUAGUAAGCUCUUACAGGGGGAAUAGAUAGAAAGGAGGAAACAGCCCAACAUUGUUUUUGUAAAAGAGCAGCCAUGAGUAAGAACAUUCUCUGUGUGAUUUUCAUUGUAUCCUUCCUGCAAACAGGCAUCUCCAACAACCAGAUAUCUAUCAGUGUCAGUCAGGAGGGAGAUAACAUAAUCCUGACCUGUGUCCUGAAUGGGAAUGACAGUCUAACUCAGGUUAACUGGGAGAUGGUACAAGGCUCUAAUCACACCAAACUAGGAAUCUUCCAUCCGAGGCAAGGCUUUCACAUCUUCUCUGAGCACUCUGGCAAUGUAAAGAUUCAGGGGCAACAACCCCCCCAGGCAUCCUCAAGCCUUUCUUUCCAAAGAGAGUGGAAGUUGUCUAAUCUGAAAGAAAGUGGUCGAAUAUGCUGUCAGUUCGUCACCUUUCCAUCAGGCAGCAUGAAGCAAUGUACUGACAUCAGUGAUGCAGUCAUAACAAGUGUUCUUAUAUCUCCAGCUGAACCCCAUGAUGCAGGACAAAAGCAGGGUUUAUUUGGGCAAUUUGGAGCUUUGACUGUCGGAUGCAUUCUUUCUCUUUUAUUUCUCACCAUUUCCAUCUACACUUGCCGAAGGUGUUUCUGUAGGAGAAGGCAAGUGCUUGAGAUACAGCAUGUGUAUACAGACCAAUCAAUGUUUUCAGAGAUGUACACAGAGGAAGCACGUGAAGUACAACAUACCCCCUCUCCCUCUGGCUUUGACCCCACAAAAUUAUAUGCAAAGAUUAAAGAGGAUUUAUAUUAUGGACGGCUGUGGAAGUCCUACCAAGGAAAAGCACGAGUAGCACCACAAGGGUGUCUGGCUGGUCCAAGACAGAUUUACUAUCGUCUAGGAGAGAAUCCUCUACUACAAAGGGAGCAGGAACACAAACCAGAAAUCCCAGAUGUAACGACAAGGCCUUGAUCAAACAGCAGUAUCUGAAUAUACUGUCAAGAAAAAUGGCUUUUAAAAUGUGUCUGUGUUACUAUGGACCACAUCACAGCUCUUAUAGAUGAGAAUGUCUGUGGGUAAUUUAAUGAAUCACAGCAUGCAUGUGAUCCACUAAAUUUGGACCAAAAUCACACUCUCUUAAUGUAUUCCAAGGCAUGGAUCAAUCAUCACAUAAUUCAGUGAAAAAAAUGCUUUGUCUUUAUAUGUGAAAUGGAUUGGGUUUCUAUUUGAUGCCUUAAGUGCCUGUGAAUGUAUCAAGAGACUUUCAAGUCACAAAUGAGGCAGUUUUUGCACAGUAUUUGCUAUUUUAUAGUCAUCCAUUUUCCAACCACUUAUACAGCAUAUAGAAAUAUUCAUGUCACAAUCAAAUCCAUGGAUUGACUAUACUUAUCUUAACUUGACUAUACUUAUCUAUUUAUCUCUUUUUCCUCUGUGAAUACCUUGGGCUGGGUGCAUCUCAGCUAGUUUAAAGGUCUCACUGACGGUUUGUACUGUAACUAUCUAUGGCAGCCACAAAUGUGCUGCUUUGCAUUAUGGUAGUUACAAAAGUAUUUACAAUAUCAAAGUACAAGUCUGUUAGGAAAUUAUAAAGGAUAUUUAGACCAAGACCUUACCUAGGGUUAGGGCCUAAACUGUCUGUCUAAUCUGUGAUGUAUUUUAUGUAUGCAAGUGACAUAUGUCUUCAUGAUGGCACUGCCCUACUUAAGCAACUGUUUGUGGUCUUAAGGCCCACUAUGGUUUUUCUAGUGGGUAGAACAUUCUUGCAGUGUCUUUCCUAAACAUGGAGUGGAGUGAUUAAAUAAAUCCUAGUUAGGAAUGUUACUGACAUUAUAUUAAAAAAGGUUAUUGUCUUUUGUAACUGAUGCUCCGCAAGGUGGCUGUGUGACAGAAGCAUUUAUUGAAAAUAAUGCAUCAAAUGUCACUGUGUAACUUUGUUGAAACCUAUCAGUUUUCAUAUUUGCACUAGAAUUAACAGCUCUGGGGUUCACACAACUAUUUGUUGUAGUAAUUUAUAUUUAUAUUUAUAAUUUAUAUUGAAUCAUCCAUGAUAACACAUACCUGGUUGUAUGU